AUGGACGUUGACGACACCGUGACUGCGCCAGAAGGGACCGGCGUGCCUUCGAGUCAAGUUGAGCCGGACAUAUGCUUUGGAGCGAUAGAUCCAGUUCAUGCCCAGCUUGUCUUGGACCAGUGGCCUACGCUUGAUGAUAUCAAAGAUGAUAUCUCCAAUGAUUACGGCCACUAUCAUUUCAGAAUAUAUCCCAUCAAGAACGAGCUCGACUAUCAGUUGCAAGGUGGCAACGGCGUUAAUAUCGCGGUGUUAGACGUGAAGUCGGCUUCCAUUCUCGCGGACUUGCAAGAAAUCAACGUGUAUUUUGACGGCACUGUUUCCUGCGGCACGAUGAACAAGCGGCCAAAGUUUACCAAAAAGACGCCGAACCGGCGAUUCUCACUCAUGGUGAAUAUCUGCGGGGCGCCGAGCUUGUCACGGGUUGUAUCGUCCAAGCUGCGAGCGAAGUCGAUAUGCCUGCAGCAUCCGCAUUCCCUCCUCAGUGGGCAGGACUAUGUAAAUCCCCAGUACUUUAAGCGUCCCGGAGUGGUUAUCGAUAUGAAACAGUUUGUCGGGGCCACCCUCAAGCUGGAAGCCCGAAGCAGGUGGUGUCUCACGGGGACACCGAUCCAGAACAAGAUCGAGGAUCUCGGCGCCUUAGCCACCUUUUGCGGCUACCGCCCUUUGACAAAAGGGGAAUUUCGAAAGCGCAUUCUAGGGCCUCUCUACUUGGCCAGCAGCCAGGCCCCCGAAGAGUUGCGCACCUACCUCCGAGCCUUUUGCCUUCGCAGGCAUCAUGACAUCCUGGACCUUCCGCUGCCCGAGGAGGUGGAGGUGAGUCUGGCGCUUUCGGAAGCUGAGCGGAGGCUCCAGAUACAGAUCAAAACCGAGUUGAAUAGCGCGCUAGACUUGGCGAAUGCGUAG